AUGGAAUCGUUAGGACCUGGGCGGUUUAUAAAGAUUCACUGGACGUGGAUGUAUGAUCUCCUCCAGGAGAUUUAUUUUGAUCCUGGUCUCAAGCGGAUCGAUGCCCUUCGGGAGUAUAAGGGUAUGGAUAUGAUGCUGAUGUCAAUUCUAGGUAGCACCCACUUUCCAGAGCGUAGUACCAAGCCAGAGGAGUCCUUCUAUGCUGUUGACAUUCAAGGAUUGCAGGAGGAAAAGGACUUGUUCAGUCCAAAUUCCUCUUUUGUCUUGUGGAACGAAGAUUUCCAGCGCUUUAUCAGUGCCGCCAUAACGGAGGGCAUUGCUCAUAGCGGCUCGGCGGCAUGGAACUAUGUUGUCACAAGUUACAAUGACACAGCGCUAAAUCUUGUUGAGAUUGGCAAUGUCUGGCCAAACAUAACAUCCUUCAGGGCAAGCAUGGGACAUGGCCCCAUCGAGCAAAUGUUUGUUGAGAAAACGGUCACCUGGACCAAUGGCAAAAUGGAUUAUGCCUACGAGUUAAAUCUUCAAGCCAAAGCAGACACGGGGUCCAUCGAUCCUAACCUCGAGUUCAAGUCCCCACAAGAAUAUUUGGACCAUCUCCAGACCUUCACAGAUUUUCACUUCGAAGUCGAGCGCUUCGGCUAUGGCACCGGCAUCCGUGGCACCAGCAGAAUCCUUGCACUAACGCUCGUCGGUGUCUACCUCAGCAUCAUCACGAUCUACUUCUUGCACAUCACGUUCAUAUCACCCUACCUCUUUCGCGACCCUUUGCCGACCAUUCAGGCGUGGGAGGAUAUUACCAACCUGAUUCUACUGGCAUGGAAUUCGAAACCUACCGCUGACGAUCUCUUGGGUCGAUCGACGAUUGACGUACAGUCUAGGAAGGCUUGGGGGGCUGAGAUCGGGAUUAGGGCGGAUGAGACGACUGGGAGGACGCUUCUUGCUACGGCGAGGGAUGGAGGGUCAGUCUUAGAGAAAAAUGUAAAGUAUUAUUGA